CACCCCCAUUGAGCAAUGUCGACCCUCAACACCUGCGUCGCCUCGCAAAUCUUCACCGCCACCUCUCGAGUCGCCCUUCGCCCCGUUGCCACCGCUCGCCUCAGCUCCUCCGCCUCCACCCCGCCCAUCCUCAUCCGUAACGAGCCCGUCUUCGCCGCUCCCGCUCCCAUCAUCCACCCCCUCUUGAAAGAAGACAUGGGAAAGGACUCGUACGAAGAAGCCAUUGCUGGACUCCAGAAGCUUCUAAGUGAGAAUGGAGAGCUAGGGCCGGUGGCGGCAGCGAAGAUCGAGGAAAUCACGGCUGAGCUGAAAACAGCUGACGGCAGCGCUGGCAUCUCGUCGGAGUCCGUUGAGAAGCUGAAAACUGGCUUUGUCACCUUCAAAAAGGAGAAAUAUGAGAAAAAUCCAGCUCUGUACGGUGAACUCGCUAAAGGCCAGAGCCCCACGUACAUGAUUUUCGCAUGUUCAGACUCGCGCGUGUGUCCCUCGCACGUGCUGGACAUUCAGCCUGGUGAAGCCUUCGUCGUCCGUAACGUUGCGAACCUGGUCCCACCAUUCGACAAGACCAAAUUCUCUGGAGUUGGGGCUGCUGUUGAGUAUGCUGUCCUGCAUCUGAAGGUGAAGGAGAUUGUUGUGAUUGGGCACAGUGCCUGUGGAGGUAUCAAAGGAGUCAUGUCCUUCCCAUAUGAUGGCUCCACGUCCACUGACUUCAUCGAGGACUGGGUGUCGAUUGCAUUGCCUGCCAAGAAAAAGACAUUGGCUGACUGCGCAGACACACCAUUCGGCGACCAAUGCGCCACAUGCGAAAAGGAAGCAGUGAACGUGUCGCUCGGAAACCUGCUGUCGUACCCAUUUGUGAGGGAAGGAUUAGUGAAGAAGACACUUGCGUUGAAGGGAGCGCACUAUGACUUUGUGAAGGGGACCUUCGAGCUGUGGGCGCUCGACUUCGGCCUAUCGCCAUCUCUCUCUGUUUGAACCUGAAUCGAUAACGCUUCCCUACGUCUCUCUCAUCUUCCUACAAUCCUACCUUUGUAUUUUAAUUUCCUCGUAUAUGAGAAGUAAAGAAAAACCAUUAUAUCGGCUAUAAAUGUGAAGGAGGGAGACUCCUUUUCUGUUGCAUUUUAAUAUAGCCGUUUUUUUUUCUGUUUAUGUAUGAAAUAAGAGUUGAGAUUCGGGUA